UCGGGGAUUCUUUGAUGUUUUCCCGUCCGAUCAGAUGGGGCGUUUUACGAUUUUGGAAUCCGGCUUGGCUCCCGCCGUGCUCUCUUGCCCGAUACUGGAACCCCGGCGGGCCCAUCCCCACGUAGCGAUCCCAACGGUGCCCUCCGAGGCUCCUGCUCGCGAACAGUCAAGCGUUCACGAUGCGACCCUGCUCCACACGCCCACGCACGCUUCCCCGGAAUGAGGGAUUCUUGGCCGGCAUUGUCCCUGAACUCGUGGAUCUAAGAGCGGGGCAUCUUGAGCCGCGUGCUCGCUUGUCGGCAUUCCCGAGGCCGUUGCCACAAUGCCUUUUUGACCUCGACAGCUAUAAAGGCUGCUAAGAUGGGCACUGGUCUCUCAGCGGAAGGACACAGCCGACACUCGCUCCAAAGUUGCCAAACAAGAUGAAGUCUACUGUUGUCGCUGGCCUCUUCGCCACCGGCGCCGUUGCCCAAGGCGGCCCUUGGUCACAAUGUGGGGGUAACAAUUGGCAGGGCGCUACGACCUGUGUCUCGGGGUACACGUGCGUCUACGUGAACGACUGGUACCAUCAGUGCCAGCCCGGUGCAGGUCCCACGACGACGCUGAGGACGUCUACGACCAAAACUACCUCCACGGCCGGAGCCACCAGCACCUCGCCUAGCAGGGGCAAGUUCAAGUGGUUCGGUGUCAACCACUCCAGCGCCGAGUUUGGGAAGGGCAUCUUCCCUGGCACCUGGGGCAAGGACUUCAUCUUCCCGUCGACCUCGUCAAUCCAGACUCACAUCAACGAUGGGUACAACACGUUCCGCGUGGCCUUCGCGAUGGAGCGCCUUGUGCCCAACCAGCUGACCGGGAGCUUUGACGCCGGCUAUCUCAAGAACCUGACCGACACGGUCAACUUCAUCACCAGCAAGGGCUCUUACGCGAUUCUCGACCCUCACAAUUUCGGCCGAUACUACGACAAGAUCAUCACGGACAAGGCCGCUUUUGGCUCCUUCUACACCAAGCUCGCCACUCAGUUCAAGUCCAACUCGCUCGUCGUCUUUGACACCAACAACGAGUACCACGACAUGGACCAACAGCUGGUGUUUGACCUCAACCAGGCGGCCAUCAACGCCAUCCGCGCGGCGGGGGCCACCUCGCAGUACAUCUUCGUCGAGGGCAACUCGUGGUCGGGGGCCUGGACAUGGGCUCAGACAAACGACAACCUCAAGGGCCUGACGGAUCCGCAGAACAAGAUUGUGUACGAGAUGCACCAAUACCUCGACACGGACGGGUCCGGCACCAGCACGGCCUGCGUCAGCACCGACAUUGGCGUCCAGCGCGUCCAGAGUGCCACCAACUGGCUCCGAGCUAACGGCAAGGUCGGCAUGCUCGGCGAGUUUGCCGGCGGUGCCAACUCGGUCUGCAACCAGGCCGUCACCGGUCUGCUCGAGCACCUCAAGGCCAACAGCGACGUCUGGCUCGGAGCGUCCUGGUGGGCGGCGGGGCCCUGGUGGGGUGACUACAUGUACAGCUUCGAACCCCCCUCUGGCACGGGCUAUGUCAACUACAACUCGCUGCUGAAGAAGUACGUUGCCUAAAACGGCAUCCGUGAUUCUGGUGGUGGUCGGGGGUUUCGGAACCCCAGCUCUGCCAAGACGGGAGCCUAGGCGGGAGCUUGCCGCUCCGACUCCGUGCAUUGUCGGCUAAAGUGGAGUUUUUCGGCGGCCCGAAUUUCUCGUUGAACUCUGAGAGCCGGAAGCAAGUGAUUUGAGUCCCACAUGGUGCUCAGGCUUG